GGGUCAAGGGUCACGCAGUGUUAUUGUAAUAUCGUGGUAUCACUCGUACGUACGGCGGGACAGGAAACACACCAUGGGUGACUUCAUUACGAUAGAGGACGACAAAUACCUUCCCGCCACGUCGCUGUGCAUCCCGCCCGUGUACACGGAGUACCUGGAGGGGGUGGUGAUCCCCCACGGGCUGAUACAGGACCGGAUCGAGCGGAUGGUGCAGCACAUCCUGCGGGACUUCGGCUGCGACACCCCCGUGGUGGCGCUCUGCGUGCUGAAGGGCGGAGCGCGCUUCUUCUCCGACCUGACCCGGGCCGUGAGCGGCAUCAACGGCACCUUCACCCCCUGGUUCCCCCUGGCGCUCGACUUCAUCAGCGUCAAGAGCUACAAGAACGACAAGUCCACGGGCAACGUCACCGUAACAGGUGCAAAGGGCCUGGGCAAUUUGGCGGGAAAGAAUGUGCUCAUUGUGGAGGACCUGAUUGACACAGGCACAUCCAUGCAGCAACUCCUGCCUAUUAUACAGGACUAUCAACCUAAGAUGAUUAAAGUUGCAAGUUUGUUGGUGAAGAGGACACCAGACAGUUGUGGAUACAGACCAGACUACAUCGGCUUUGAAGUCCCCAACAAGUUUAUAGUAGGCUACGGCAUUGACUACAACGAACACUUCAGGGAGAUCAACCACAUCUGUGUCAUCAAUGACAAGGGGAAGAAGAAGUUUGCAGUCAGCUAGUAUUGCCUUAAACCAAUGCAGAAUAUAUUAGCUUAACACUACGGUAAUUCUUAAAUCCUUCUUGGAAAACAACUAUGCCUUUGGGGUGUUCUUAUACUGCUGCUCAUGAUUUCAGGGACAGGGACUUUUUUCAUCAAGGAUGUCAUUCCUCCUUGGCAAAAUUACAAUGGCACUGCAAUGUCAAGAUAAGUCUGCACAAAAUAGGAAAAAAUUCCACUGGCCAGACAUAAAAAGAAGUCAUGUAUGACAUACAUGUAAAUUGUUGUACCUUGAAUCAGGUACAUGUACAUAACAUUAUCCUGAAGGACAAUUCU